AAUGAAAAUAAAGAAAAUAAAUAAAAGAAAAUAGGGGCCCUAAAUUUCUUUCAUACUACUAUCAGUGCCGCUCUUCUUCGCCAUACUUCUUAUUUCUCUUUUCUUCUUUUUGAUUUCUUAUCUUUUUAUUUUUCUGUACUUGUAGUUGUCUUCGAUCUUAUCUUUGAUUGUAUUAUUUGAAAUCGCAUCGAGAGCUAAUCCUUGCUAUCUAAGAGCUGGUCUGUGGAUUCUUGGGGAUUCUUUGGUGUAAGCCAUUUGAAAAAUUGUCGAGUAAGUAGGUGUCUAUUUCCAUACUUUCGAUUAUUUCUAUCUCAAAGCAUCGAUAUUGUUCUCCCUUUUAUGCAUCAAUUUCUCUUAUUUUUCUAAGUCUAUUGAUUUUAUGCGGAUUUCUUCUUCUUCUCUUGCUUCUCGCAGUUUUUUGGCUGAAAAUCACGAUUAAGAAGAAAAGAAAAGACUGUUUCAAGAUUUUGAAUUAAGAAAUUUCGUGUAUAAGACAAAUUCAUUUGUUGCUUAAGAAAUUCUCAUUUAGAUAUGAUAAGCUUUUGAAUCAGUUUUAUUUGUAUAGUUGUUGAAUUAUUGCUGAAUCCACGUUUCUGUAAUUUAUGCUUUUUCAAAUAUACUUGAAAAUUUGGGAAAAAAACUGAAUUGCUGUUGAAUCCACGAUCUUUUAAAUGUGCCUAAAAUUUUGAAAAAGAAAUUGUCAAAAUUUUUAGAAAUUGGUGUUUUAUAAUAUACUAGUCAUAUCCACGCACGGACAUGACAUCGUGUGAUGAUAUUAUAAUUAUUAAAUAGCUAAAAUAUAUUAUAAAUAAUAUUAAGAUAAACACAAAGUAAAAGUUGAUUUUAACAUUUUAAAAAAAAGGUCAUAUUCACAUAUAUUGUAUUCGAAUGUUCUAUUUUUUACAUGACUUCAAAUCUCUCAAUUCUACCAUAAAUAUGUUUUAAUCUUUAUCAUGUUUGAUGAAAACUUCUAUUUUAUUUCUUAAAAUUAUAAAAGAAACGCAUCAUACAUAUUGAAGGGAAUAAGUAAAAAUGAAUUGAGACAGAAGAAAAAACUAUUUUUAUAUAUUAUAAAAAAAUGAAUAUUUUUUCCUUACAAACUGAAAUAGGUAAUUUUCAUUAUUAACACAAAAUUAAAUAGACAAAACUAUUUCAUCUUAUAUCCCAAACUAAUUAUCCAAUAACAAUAUAAAACUAAAUGUAUAAGAGAUAAAAAAAAAACUGAAUGUGUUUGCAAGUUCUUCAACUAAAGAAAUACAAUAUUUUGAUUUUUUAUUUUAUUCAUUGAAAAAAAUGAAUCUAAAUGUAUAACGCAAUUAGCAGCAUUGUUGGAAAUAGGGCUAAAAAUGCUAUUAGGUCAUCUUCAACAUUUUACACUAAACUCAUAUCCAAAAAAAAAAAUACUCUUUUUAUUUUUUCUCUCCAUUUAAUUUUUUCUGAUUUUCAAUUAUAUCAAUAUAUAUUUUUCUCAAAUUAUACGUUAACCCAUAAAUUUUUUAGUCAUUAAUUUCAUUAGUUUAUAUUUUAUAUCUUGUAAUUUUUUAAUCAUUAAUUUCAUAUAAUUUAUGUUUUAUAUCAUGUAAUUUUAUACUCCCUCCGUCCCACGAAGCAUGACACGUUUUUAAAAAUGGCAAAAAAUUUAUCAUUUAUUCACAUUUUCAUUUUUCCACCUACCACAUUUAAUACACAAAAUAUCAAUUUCUCAAUUCUCGUGCUGAAAAGAAGUGUGUCAUGCUUCAUGGGACGGAGGGAGUAUUACUAAUGUUGUUCUAAUCAUGUACUUAGCUAAUUUUUCUAAUAUGUCAUGUAAUUUAAACAAGCUAAAGUUCUCAUUGUUUUACUUAAUUGCAGCCGAAUUUCUUUUAAUAACAUUAGUCCUUUAAUUAUGAGCCCCAAAGCUAAGUUGUUAAAAAAAAGCCCAUUCAUCAUUUUAAAAAAUAAGCCCAUGGAAUGAGCCCAAACCCUUAUAUCUGUUUCUUCUCAAUAGCUCUCCCAUUCUUUUCGAGUUUCAAUCCCUCGGCAGCAACAGUCACAGGUAGCCACGGCCGCCGCCGUCGCCGUACACACUACACACCACCAUCUCUCUAGCCUCUCGCCCUCUGUCUCACUUCUCCUUCACAAAUUCUGGCGCGGCACGAAUUUGCUGUUACAGUAGCACGGCGCUGCCCUCGGCUCUAUUUCCCCCACUGAUUUCGCCACCUCAUCGGGACCAGUACAACCCUCAACUUUGGAUUAUUAUCAUUCGUCACUAACAUUGAAUAUUGAGGAUUCUUCAUAGAACACAAGGCAGAUCACACUCGGCGCCGCCGGUCGUCCCCACCUCCAGUCGCCGCCAUCGCCUCCGCCGUCCUGCCCGUCCCUGACCCCGUUGUUACGGUUAUGAUUUAGGGCUGCAAAUUGUUUUUGUUUGAUAUACGUGAGUGAGAGCAUUAGAGAAUCAGUAACUAAAAAACUACUUCGUCUUAUCAUCUACCUCAAACAGCAACUGUCAACAACAUUCCUCCGGUGCCGGCGGUUCAGGUUAUAAUUCCUAUCCAUUUUUAUUAUGAGCAUUCACAAUCUUCAAGCGACUUCAUGGAAGGAUUUUACUGAGCUUCCUGCGGUGUAUGCACCUCGAGGCAAGCAGACUUUCGUCCAUGCUGCACCUUGGGUGGUCCAGAGAAGUCGAAGGCUAUUGAUACAAUGUGCCGUCAAGUUUCGUCCUUGCAUUGACAUACAUAAGGGGAAAGUGAAACAGAUUGUUGGAUCCACUCUUCGAGAUUUUAAAGAGGGAGAUUCAAGUCUUAUCACUAAUUACGAAUCUGAUAUUUCAGCUGCAGAAUAUGCUAAAAUGUAUAAGGACGAUGGGCUUACUGGUGGCCAUGUGAUCAUGCUUGGGGCUGAUCCAUUGAGCAAAGCAGCAGCAGUUGAAGCAUUGCAUGCUUAUCCAGGUGGAUUGCAAGUUGGGGGUGGUAUCAAUACAAGGAAUGCCUUGACUUACAUAGAUGAAGGAGCAAGCCAUGUUAUUGUUACAUCAUACGUAUUCAGUGAUGGGCAAGUUGAUUUUGAAAGGCUAAAGGAACUUGCUCAAGCUGUGGGGAAAGAAAGACUUGUGUUGGAUCUCAGUUGCAGAAAGAAGGAUGGGAGAUAUGCAGUUGUGACAGAUAGAUGGCAGAAGUUCACUGAUGUAUUUCUUGAUCAAGAGGUGUUAAAUUUUCUUGCGGGUCAUGCUGAUGAAUUUCUUGUCCAUGGAGUAGAUGUUGAAGGCAAAAAGUUGGGAAUUGACGAAGAGCUUGUGGAAUUGCUUGGCAGGCAUUCACCAAUUCCGGUGACUUAUGCUGGUGGCGUGACGACUAUGGCUGAUAUAGAGAAGAUAAAAACAGCAGGAAAGGGCCUUGUGGAUGUCACCGUUGGCAGUGCUUUAAAUAUUUUUGGCGGUAAUCUGCCUUACAAGGAUGUAGUCACCUGGCAUUCUCAGCAGAAGUCAUUGGCUGUUUGAAGUUACCUGGCUUUACAAAUUUCCAUUAAUUAUUUUGUCCAUUAUGUAACUGCAAAAGCGUUACAAUAUUGUUAAGAGCUUAAUAGGUCGCUGACGCUUUGGUAAUUUAAAUCUCACUGGUAGAAUUUUUGGAAUCUGAUACUUUACUGAAUGGAUUGUAGUAAUUGUGGGUUUUCACAAUUUCUGUAAAUAAAAACUUCUUCUCUUUCUGAUUGCA